UGCCAGUCCACGCCAUUCUGGCCUCGGGACGCCCCUCGACGGGGUUCGGGCUUGCCGGUCGUGCGUUCACUUACCUCGGCUCCAGGGCAUGGCGGUGUCGGCGUGUCCGGCCCGAGUCCGGACAAAGCCGCUGUUUGUGCUCGUCAGGCCGUGGACAUGUGGAGAGCACAGAAAGACGCUCGCAACGGGAAUCGACCGACCGGCCGGCCGGAGAAGAGCUGUCGCGGUGGCGCACUCGAAGAGGACGUCAACGGCCAGUGCUCAGCCUCACUCGCCCCUCUCGGCUGCGUUCGAGUCCGGGCCGACUUGAUGACGCGCGAAAAGACACAAGAUCCACCGCGUCGGAGCCUGCGUCGUCUGAGGCCCGUGCGUCCAGUCGGCCAGAGCCAUAAGGGCUGUUGUGAGCUGUUUGGGUUGAGUUUGGGCACACGCGCCGAGGUACGGCAAGCAGAGGCCGGGACGAAUUGGAGAGAGCGCAGGGACAGACAGGCCCCGGGGAGAGGAAAUAGCCUCUAUUCUUGGGCGGCACGACUGCUUGCAAUGAUCAAUAGAUUGCUUGUCGCCAGGACGAUUGAGGAUAAAGAGGGUCAAAUGGUGAAUGGUCGUCAGGCGACGGAUGAGCAGAGCCGGAGAGCUGGGCAUGGGGAGGGUAAGAUGUGA